UAGACAAAUUUCAUUGAUAAAAUAAAGUUUUAAUUUAAUGAUAUUACCUUUUCAUAUCCAGGCUUUAAAAAUCUGGGUUUUAAGAUCUAGGUUCAUGUUCUUUUCUUGUCAUUUGUACUUAAGUGUUUAAGAAAACUAGCACUAAACAUUUGAAGGCAGUCGUUUUGUUUCUCCUCACGUUAUGUUCCUUGAAAGAACCGAAAGAAAGGUGUGAUAAAGAAGAAUGAAGUUUGAUGACGUCAUCCACGAGCUUGGAGACUUUGGUAGCUACCAAAAGCGUAUGUUUUCUCUGACAUGUCUAGUGUCCGUGCCCACAGCCUUUCAUGUUUUAAUGUCAGUCUUUGUCUUGGCUGUGCCAGAUCACAGGUGCGCCAUUCCAGAACUGGACAAUGACACGUACGCAAGCCAAGGACCCUGGCAUGAUGACCUCAUCAAUCAAUCUAUCCCAUGGCUGAGUCAGAAGAACAUGUACUCCCAAUGUGAAGUGUUUGUGAAAGAUGUCACACAGAGAGACUGGAACAACAUGACCAGAAAGUGUGACAAAUGGGUUUACAGCAAGGAAAUAUUUACAUCCACCUUUGUCACAGAGAUCAACAUGGUAUGUGAUGAUGUGUCUUACAAAACGUACGCCAACAUGGCUGUCAUGGGAGGCAUGAUGGCUGGAUCACUCAUUUUAGGAUCAUUGGCAGAUGUACUAGGUCGCAAGAAGGUUGUAUUGUUGGGCACCAUUGGUCAGUUUGCUAGUGGUCUUGCUGUAGCUUUUGUCCACUCUUAUGUUCCAUUUGUCAUCUUGAAGUUUUGUGCCACCUUCUUUGGUAGUGGACUCUACCUCGCUGCUUAUGUUAUCGGAAUAGAGCUUGUGGGCCCGAAAAAACGAAAGUAUACCGCAAUAAUCAAUGAAUUCUUUUGGGUUCUUGGACUUUUCCUUCUGACUGCUAUCGCCUAUGGACUACGAAACUGGAGCCACUUACAGAUUGUUUUAUCCAUCCCUAACUUUUUAAUCAUUUCUUAUUUCUUAUUAUUGAAUGAAUCUCCAAGAUGGCUAGUCAGCAGACAAAAAUUUAAGGAAGCAUCUGAAAUUAUCAAAGCCGCUGCUAGAACGAACAAUGUCACUAUAUCAGAAAAAAUGGCAAAUUUGGAAGAGAUAGAAUUGGACGGUAUUGGCGAAAAAGUCUGGCACAUGAUGACGAAUCUUGUUUUGCUUAUCCGCUGUUUGGUUAUUUUUGCCAACUGGAUUGUAGCAAGUAUGGUAUAUUACGGGCUGAGUUUAAAUGUGGGCAACUUGUCUGGAGAUCUGUAUCUGAACUUCUUCCUGUCUGGUGUGGUAGAGCUGCUAUCUUACUUUCUGUGCCUGAUAUUCCUGGACAAAGCUGGCAGGAAGUUAUUACAAUGUCUCUUUAUGUUGACUGCUGGUAUAGCCUGUGUGUGUACUCUGUUUCCUGUACUAUAUGGAACUAAAGAUCUUUCCUGGAUAACCUUGGUGCUGUCCCUUGUGGGCAAGUUUGGCUCCUCAGCAGCGUUUGCUAUCAUCUAUAUCUACACUGUGGAGUUAUUCCCCACUGUGAUGAGAAACUCGGGGCUUGGACUAUGCUCUGUCAUGGCAAGAAUUGGCGGCAUUCUGGCACCUUAUAUUGCAGAUAUAGGUCACGUGAUCUCUGGAGACAUGGCUGUAGUGCUACCUCUACUUAUAUUUGGUGGAGCCAGUAUAUUUGCUGGACUACUUGCCCUGUUACUUCCAGAGACUGCCAACAAAAUGUUACCAGACACUGUGGAAGAUGCUAAGAACUUUGGAAGGAAGAAAGGUAAAAACAAUUUUGAUCUCCACAGUGUGACACUCAGUACACAGCUAAAUGGAAAAUGGAAUCCAACAUUUUCGGUGGAUUCUGAAAAUUGAAUGCUCCUCUCCACUACUCGAACUAAUUUCGAACCCGGGGUCACUAAAAUGAUGUACUGCUCCCAAGAAAAUAGUGUCUGCAAUUAAUCUUGAAUGGUUUCAAUCUGAUCGUUUGAUCUCUUUUCUUGUUAAAAUGUGGCAUGGAAAAUAAUACAUUGUGUUAUCUGUUGUUAUUGAAGUUAUUCCUGUACCACUGAGCAGGGCCGGCGCAAGGGUUGUGGCCGCCUGUGUACGAAAAUAAAAAAAAUGUACCCUUA